AUGAGUAUGUUCAUGACCUGUGUAGAAUUCGGAGACUUCCUGCCGCCCCCCGAGUGCCCCGUCUUCGAGCCCAGCUGGGCCGAGUUCAGCGACCCCCUGGGCUACAUCGCCAAGAUCCGGCCCAUCGCGGAGAAGAGCGGCAUCUGCAAGAUCCGGCCCCCGGCUGACUGGCAGCCUCCCUUUGCCGUGGAAGUGGAUAACUUCCGGUUUACCCCACGGAUACAGAGGCUCAAUGAAUUGGAGGCACAGACCAGGGUGAAAUUGAACUAUCUGGACCAGAUCGCAAAGUUUUGGGAGAUCCAGGGCUCCGCACUGAAAAUCCCCAACGUAGAGAGGCGAAUUCUUGAUUUGUACAGCCUGAGCAAAAUUGUGAUGGAGGAAGGUGGCUAUGAAGCCAUCUGCAAGGAUCGCCGGUGGGCCCGAGUGGCCCAGCGCCUUUCCUAUCCGUCGGGAAAGAACAUCGGCUCUCUUCUUCGGUCCCACUACGAACGGAUAAUUUAUCCUUACGAGAUGUACCAGUCGGGGGCCAACCUGGUGUGCAACACCCACCCGUUUGACAACGAGGAGAAGGACAAGGAGUAUAAGCCGCACAGCAUCCCAUUGCGCCAGUCAGUGCAGCCCUCAAAGUUCAACAGCUACGGGCGCCGGGCCAAGCGUCUGCAGCAGGAGCCAGAGCCAACGGAGGAAGACAUUGAGAAGAACCCGGAGCUGAAGAAACUGCAGAUCUAUGGUGCUGGCCCCAAAAUGAUGGGCUUGGGGCUCGUGGCCAAAGACAAGAACAUGCGCAAGAAAGACAAGGAGAUGCCCGAGUGUCCCCCUACCGUCAUAGUGAAAGAGGAGCCCCCCGUUCUCGAGACGAAGCUGGAGCCUGUCUCUCCCCGCCGCUAUGCAAACGUGAAAGAGGAGCUGAGGCACAGUCCGGAGCCUUGCACCAAGAUGACGAUGCGCCUGCGUCGCAACCACAACACUCAGUUUAUUGAGUCUUACGUCUGCCGGAUCUGCGCACGGGGGGACGAGGACGACAAGCUGCUGCUGUGCGACGGCUGCGACGACAACUACCACAUCUUCUGCCUCUUGCCACCCUUGCCCGAGAUCCCCAAAGGCGUCUGGAGGUGUCCCAAAUGCGUCAUGGCGGCCUUUGGCUUUGAGCAGGCCACUCGGGAGUACACGCUGCAGAGCUUCGGGGAGAUGGCCGAUUCCUUCAAGGCCGACUACUUCAACAUGCCCGUACAUAUGGUGCCAACGGAAUUUGUGGAAAAGGAGUUCUGGCGCUUGGUGAACAGCAUCGAAGAGGACGUGACGGUGGAGUACGGGGCCGACAUCCACUCCAAGGAGUUUGGAAGCGGCUUCCCCAUCAACGACGGCAAGAGGAAGCUCUCCCCCGAGGAGGAGGAAUACGCGGCCAGCGGCUGGAACCUCAACGUGAUGCCCGUGCUGAAGCAGUCGGUGCUGUGCCACAUCAACGCCGACAUCUCGGGCAUGAAGGUGCCGUGGCUCUACGUGGGCAUGGUCUUCUCUGCUUUCUGCUGGCACAUCGAAGAUCAUUGGAGUUACUCCAUUAACUACCUCCAUUGGGGUGAGCCCAAGACCUGGUAUGGGGUCCCAUCCUUUGCAGCCGAACAUCUGGAAGAAGUCAUGAAGAAACUAACCCCAGAGCUGUUUGAGAGCCAGCCAGACCUGCUGCACCAGUUAGUGACACUCAUGAACCCCAACACGCUCAUGGCUCAUGGAGUCCCAGUGGUCCGGACCAAUCAGUGUGCCGGAGAGUUUGUCAUCACCUUCCCUCGAGCUUAUCACAGCGGUUUCAACCAGGGCUACAACUUUGCGGAAGCUGUCAACUUCUGCACCGCAGACUGGUUGCCAGCUGGUCGCCAGUGCAUCGAACACUACCGGCGUCUCCGCCGCUACUGCGUCUUCUCGCACGAGGAGCUUAUCUGCAAGAUGGCCGCCUGCCCCGAGAAGCUGGACCUGAACUUGGCAGCCGCUGUGCAUAAGGAGAUGUUCAUCCUGGUGCAAGAGGAGCGCAAACUGCGCAAGGCUCUCCUUGACAAGGGUAUCACGGAAGCAGAGCGGGAGGCCUUUGAGCUGCUCCCGGACGACGAGCGCCAGUGCGACAAGUGCAAGACGACCUGCUUCCUCUCGGCGCUGGCUUGCUACGACUGUCCGGAUUGCCUCGUCUGCCUCUACCACAUCGACGACCUCUGCAAGUGCCCCAGCAGCAGGCAGUACCUCAGGUAUCGGUACACCCUGGACGAACUACCAACCAUGUUACACAAGUUGAAGGUUCGAGCGGAGUGCUUUGAUACCUGGGCUAACAAGGUCCGGAUUGCUCUGGAAGUCGAAGACGGACGCAAGAGAACCUUGGAGGAGCUGCGUGCCUUGGAGUCGGAGGCGCGAGAGAGGAAGUUCCCCGAAAAUGAGCUGCUUCACCGACUCAAGUGCUGCUUGAGCGAAGCCGAGAAGUGUGUGUCGGAGGCCCUCGGUCUGUUAAGCAGCCAGGAAACUGGGGAAGCAUCAGUCCAUAUGACGGUGGAGGAAUUGCGUGCCUUCCUGGAGCAAAUGAGCAACUUGCCCUGCGUCAUGCACCAGAUCAAGGAGGUCCAGGGCGUGCUGGAGAAAGUGGAGGCCUUCCAAGCGGACGUCCAGGAGGCCCUGCAGGAUCUCCCCGGCAGCUCCCCGGAGCUUCACAGACUGCUGGCUCGGGGGACGCGGCUCGGGGUGGAGGUGCCCGAGAUGGAGCUGCUGGAGAGGCAGGUGCAGCAGGCAGUCUGGCUGGAGGAGGUGAAGCAGACGCUGCGUUCCCCCCGGGAGAAAGUCACCCUCUCCGUGAUGCGGGCGCUCAUCACCUCAGGCUGCGGGGUGGCCCCCAGCCCUGCCGUGGACAAGGCCAUGGCCGAGCUGCAGGAGCUGCUGACCAUCGCUGAGCGCUGGGAGGAGAAGGCCCAGAUGUGCCUGGAGGCAAGGCAGAAGCACCCGACCGCCACCCUGGAGGCCAUCAUCAAAGAAGCUGAGAACAUUCCCGUGCACCUGCCCAACAUCCUGUCCCUCAAGGAGGCGCUCUCCAAAGCACAGGCUUGGAUCGCUGACGUUGAGGAGAUCCAGAAUGGGGACCAUUACCCCUGCUUGGAUGACCUGGAGGGGCUCGUGGCCGUGGGCAGGGACUUGCCGGUCCGCCUGGAGGAGCUGCGUCACCUCGAGGUGCAAGUGGUCACCGCACACUCCUGGCGGGAAAAAGCCUCUAAGACUUUCCUCAAGAAAAACUCCUGCUACACAUUGCUAGAGGUGCUGUGUCCGUGUGCCGACGCCGACUCAGACAGUGUCAAACGCACCAAAUGGCAGCGGGAGAAGGAGCCGGGCCUGUACAAAUCCGACACGGAGAGCCUGGGCCUCUCGGCGCAAGACCUCAGAGACCCCGGUUCUGUGAUCCUGGCCUUCAAGGAGGGUGAGCAGAAGGAGAAAGCGGGAAUCCUCUGCCUGCGCCAGUCCAACGCCCAGAAGCCAGCGCCGUCAACGCCCAGUCCUCCCGGGGGCCAGUACUGUGUGUGUUCCCAGCCCCCGAGCCCCGCCAUGCUGCAGUGCGAACUGUGCCAGGACUGGUUCCACACCGCUUGUGUGGCUUGGCCCCGCCUGGGCACCCCCCGCCCCUCUCCCGCGUGGUGGGAAUGGGAAGCCAAGUUCCUGUGCCCGCUGUGCCAGCGCUCCCGCCGGCCCCGCCUAGAGACGAUCCUGGCGCUGCUCGUGGCCCUGCAGAAGCUGCCCGUGCGGCUGCCCGAGGGAGAAGCCUUGCAGUGCCUGACAGAGCGAGCCAUCACGUGGCAGGACCGGGCCCGCCAGCUCCUCGCCUCCUCGGAAGUCGCGGCCGCCUUGGAGCGCCUUGCGGGGCUGCGGCAGCGGCUGCUCGGGGACUCUGCCAAGGAGGCGGGGGCCCUCAAGGAGAGCAGCUGCAACGAACAGACCAAGGUUUCCUUGGAGAAUGGAGACUCCACAGCCCCAGAGAAGAACAGCUCCUCUGCCUCAGACCUGGAGACACUCCGCUCGUACCUGCUGCGGCUGCAGGGCCCCGUGCUGGAGCUGCCGGAGGCCGCUCGUCUCUCCCUGGAGGAGCUGCUAAUGGAGGGGGACCUUCUGGAGGUGACGCUGGACGAGAGCCAGAGCAUAUGGCGCCUGCUGCAGGCUGCCCGCGCCCCCCACCUCGACAAGUUCCGCCAGCUGCUCGAUCUGGAGCAAGCCGAGCGGCGCGCCACCCGUGCGCGAGGCCGGGAUGUGGAGCGGCGGCGGAAGCGCAAGACGGAGCGUGGCGACUACCCGGCCCUGCCCAAGGAAGAACUAGAGCCAAAGAAGAUCCGGGGGACAGACCCAGCGCUGCCCCAGGGCGGGGCUCCCCCUGCAGCAGGCACAGAUUGCGGCCACAACGGAGUCGGGUUGUGACGGCUGGAAGAUGCCUGGAUUUCUCCUUCCUGGACUGUACUGCACUGCAAGGGACUCUGGCAGCCCCACGUCACCCUGUCGGUUUGACUCGCACUCUGCAUGGGGGGGGCACCCAGCCCCGGAAACUGGGGGGGCGCAGCUCCCCCCCCACCCCCCUCUGGGACUCCGCACUGGCCCUGCACCAGACUCUUUUCAGACGAUGUAAUAUUUUCAUUUUUCCUUCUCCCCUCUUCUCCUUUUGUAUUGUUGAUACCUCGGCAGGGGGAAGGCGUGGCCGGGGGGGGGGAAGGGUCAGCAGGUCGCCAGCGCAGGGCCCGCCCGUCUUCCCCUUGGCGGGGGCAGUAGAGAGCACCGCCCCCCCUGCUGCUGCUGCGAGGACGAGACCCUUGUGGGGAACUGGCAGCGGGGGGCAGCCAGCGGCGUGCCCCGAGCCCCUCACUCCAGGCAGUGAAAGGAGGUCGGGCACCUUCCCGAAGGACGGCAGCAGUCCCGCUCCUUGUACCAGCAUUCCCUGGACACAGACGGAGACAGCGCCCCCUGUUGGACAGAGGGGCAGCUGUCCCGAGACACACCCGAUCCCCCUCUGGUCUCUGUUGGGUUUUAUAGGAAUCGGGGUAACCACUUUGUUCUUUUUGGGGGGGGGAGGCGGCAGAAAGGGCAAAGGAUCUUCUAGUUCCACUCCAGCCUCUCCUCCGCCCUCACC